AUGGACGAGGAGGGAACUCCAUGGGAAGCGUCCACCUCGCAGUACCAAACUUCUGAAAGAAAGGGUACAACUCGGAUCUGGUCCGUACAUUCCUCCCGUACACAACUCCACCCCGGAAACGAUGAAGAUGAACGGGCUCGCCCCCAAAUCUUCCGCUUCUUGUGCCUGGCCUUGGGGCUUGGUCUCUUUUCACUUCUGAUGUACGUCAUAUUUGUUCCGCUGAUCGUUGGCGAGGCUUCGGUGGCCUGGCGAGAAUUUGAGGAUGGAUGGAGGGAAACACAGAUCCUCCACAGCAGUGUUGAGGAACGGCUCCGGGAAUUGCCUAUGGCUCGGGAGAAGCGUGGAGCACAAUCUGCUGAAAAACCCCAAAAUGGACAUGGAAAAUUAUGCCCGGAACCUUCAACAUCAACCGAAUGUCCACCCGGAAAGCCUGGCGCAAAGGGAGUUACCGGAAGUGAUGGUGAGCCAGGGAUUGAUGGAAAGCCUGGACGUGCAGGUGAAAACGCUCUCGAUGCUGUUGAACAAACGCCCACUGCUGCUUGUGCUCACUGCCCACCAGGAAACGAAGGAAAAUCUGGACCUGCUGGCAAACCUGGAGUACGCGGAAUGCGUGGCCCAACGGGACAACCAGGCGCCCCAGGCACGAACGGGAUUCAUGGAGCCCCCGGCGAGCAGGGAACCCCCGGAGAACAAGGCCCGACCGGCGCAACCGGAGUAACAGGAGCUCCUGGAGGUGAUGGAGUUAAGAUGCUGAACGUCAAGGGUGCUAAAGGUUCCGCAGGACAAGCCGGCAUGCCUGGACCUCGUGGGAUCAAGGGAACUGAUAGUCGAGUGGUCGGCACACGUGGAGUUCGCGGGCCCGAUGGCCUUGUUGGUGAUGAGGGGCAAAAGGGCAGCAACGGCCAGCCUGGCCCACCUGGACCACAGGGCCCUCCUGGGACUCAACCGGAAUGCUGUUCCAAAACCGCAGAAUCUCAACUAGCCUUACCCGUACUCGACGAACGCGAGAAUGCCGAGCUUUUGAAGAAGUUCAACGCUCUGCACCCUCAUGAGAUUCGAAGGGCCCCCGUCACUUUCGCUGAUAACAACAUUCUGAAGGGUUUCGACAGCAUCUCGGCUGUCUCCAAACGCACCGAACGCAAAAGGAGACCCAAGAAGAGAACGCACAGCAACAUCGACAAAAAGAAAGCCGAAAUCGCGAAAUUCGAAAAAUCACGCCUCCUCGACCAGACAAUGAUCUUCCAUGGCCCAGGGCUAACCGAAACCCGCAAUAUACCGACGUCGGAGAAAUACCGAUCUGCCGGGAUUGUCGAUCUACAUAAUGUCCUUCGUAACCGACACAUGAGACUGGAAGAAGAAGAAAAGGAAUUGAGAGCCCAGAAGGAACGAGUGGAAAAGCGCCUUCUUGGACAACUCGACCAAAAUUCUAUCCAUCGCAUGUUGCGGGCAAUGCGACGCCGGAAGUUGAGAAGGCGCCCGACUUCGACGCCUGCGCCUGAAGUGGAGCUGACGACCGAAGACUAUGAGGUGACCAGACCAGCAGAAGCAUCAGCUGAGGCUCAUCGUUCAUCCAGCAAGUCUGAGGAGCGACAAACUGUUGAGGUCAUACCGUCGUCCGUCUUCCAAUCAAGGGAAUCUUUGACGGUGGAUCCUACUCCAGAACCAGCAGUCACAAUCACGAUUCCCACCGAUAUUAGCCUGCAGAGCUUCGAAAAUGUUCAGCCUACUUUGAUCCCGAAUCUGGACGAACAAAACGGCUUCAACCAACCGAUGGUCGAUUUGGCACCAGCUCCGAUUGAAGCUCAUGCUUAUCCGCCAGCGCCAAUGCCGCGUCGUAUUCCGUCGGAGGUUGCCCCCAGCGCUCCUCACUACGAAGAGCCACACUUUGACGAAGAAACAGAGGAGGGCUUCUUCUCAGUUCCGGCCACUUCCCCAGCCACUGAUGCACCUUCCACGACCGAGCUGCCACCACCACAAUCUGAACUUUAUCCUCUUGCCUCACCACCCGCUCCAGAAUACACCAGUCCAAGCCCACCCGGAAUUUCGAUCGCUGAACAAUUCCGACUUGUGACACCAUCGAAGCUCAGCCGUACUCUCCAGGAAUUAGAAACCAACCCACUCCUCCCCUCUGAAAAUGACCUGAUUACGGUAACCCCCGAAGACAUUUCGAGGCUGACUGACUCGCAAAACUCAGCUGUGAUGGGAAGCGCGGAAUUGAUCCCAGCUGGACCCCCGACCAAUAACGAAUUGGCCGGUACCGGAUUUGGGCUCGACGGUGGCUUCGGUUUCGGAGGGCCAUCAGAGAUAUCUGAGGGCGCGAGUAUGUUGAGGACAACAAUGCCACCGAUGCCAACUUUGAUCCCUGACUUCGAGCCAUCUCGGUUCGGACAUAGGGCAUUCGCACCUGGCGGCCAGCAUUCACAAAUUGAUCUCGCCGAUGAAAACACAGCACUCGGCAUCGAAGAAGAAUGGCGUGUGCGUGGUGAUUCGAUGCUGAACGCGUUCUCGAGCAAGUCCACUGAACGCCCGUACGAAUCACAAACUGUCACCCUGAUGGUGCCACCAACUGGCCCACCGACUGUGCAACUAUUCGAGCAGAAUGCUGCCCAGCAACAGUUCGAUGUCCAGACGACCCCGCAACCACCGAUGGAAACGACAUUUGAACCCUCAACACAGUACUACCGUAGAAAGAAGAAUAGAAUUCUGGAGAACUACAAGAAGGCCAUGAGGAAACACCGUAAGAGGAGAACGAGGCCUACUACUGCCGCUCCGACAACUACAACAGAGGCUUCGGAACCAGUAUACGAGACAAGAGGCAGCUCAACAGCUGAUGCCAUGAUGAGGGCUGUUGGCAGCACUCGCGAUAGUCAGCGCAAAAAGAAACUCCUCAAGAAGCUUCAUCGUGUUGAGGCCAUGUUGAACCACGAGCUUGAUCGGUACAUUGACCAGCUAGACCAUGAGCAAGGGACGACGACUUCGCGAAGCCAAGAAAGCCAGGACGAUGAUCAUCAACGCCGGCUCAGCCUUGCCCGAUCGCAGCCGACCCGGGUCAUGCUCCAGCAGGUACAUAAGCGCAAAAGGAAGAGGCUUCAUAAGGCUGCAUGGCAGAAGAAGCGAACUACGGCAUACCCGACUUGGGAUCAGUCGACGAGCACCGAGGUGCCGCCAAGCUUUGGCAUCGUGCCAGAAGUAACGGGAGAGACAAGCUCUGAAACCCAGAGACCAAGCAGCACAAACUUCUUUGCCAGCGAGGAACAAGCGGAUGUUGCGACGUCUCGCACUUCCCUAGAAGCUCCGGCGCGAGCCCGCGGCGAAAUAAACUUCUCGCCGAAACCCGGAAGACGGCGUGAACUGAGGAGAUUGCAUAAGAAGAGACGUUCUUCCGCCAAACAGUGGACCCCGGAAGUUCACGAAGAAGGGGCUAGCCGGCCUAGAGUGCGCGGUGUGAGACGUCUGAGCAAGAAGACGCGACACCAGGUCCAGUACCCGAUUUCGACACGUCGUCCUCCAGCGACGACGACAAGACAAACAGUUAACGCCACCCCCACAUUGAGAACGACGCAACGAGUCCGCCGCUUCUAUUAUAGACCGCUUUCAGUUCGACGAAUCCGUCUUCAGCCGGUGUCCGCCUAUUUAUCCAGUGUCGAAAAGCUC